UGAGGAAAGCCGGCUCCGGGUUCUUGGGCCGGGCGCCGCCAGGGGCUUCGCUGGGCUCGUCGGCCCUGCCGGCCUUUUCCUGCUGUGCUAUAUAGUGUUGGAGGGAUUGUUUUAACCCCAGAAGCCUAGUCAAGCCAAUGCACCUCAUGUUAGAUGCAAGGACACAAGAAAUGAAGCCGUGUUAACAGGAUUAAAAGUGACUGACUUCUCUUCCUCAAGCCCUUCUUUCUCCUUCAACAUGGCUGGGGGCAUUACAGAUACGGGGGAGCUCUACUCUCCAUAUGUUGGCCUGGUUUACAUGUUCAAUCUCAUAGUUGGAACAGGUGCUCUGACUAUGCCCAAAGCCUUUGCUACUGCUGGUUGGCUUGUCAGCCUCAUCCUAGUAAUGUUCUUGGGGUUCAUGAGCUAUAUGACAACAACUUUUGUAAUGGAGGCUAUGGCUGCAGCAAACGCCCAGCUUCGCUGGAAGAGAAUGGAAAAGCAUAAGGAAGGUGAUGAUGAUGACUCUUCGUCUGGAGUUUCUGAUAGUGAUGUUCUUCUCCCAGAUAACUAUGAAAGAUCAGAGACACGACCUAUCCUAUCUAUUCAGAGACGAGGAACACCAAAUGUUUUUGAAAUCACUGAAAGGAUAGAAAUGGGUCAGAUGGCCUCCAUGUUCUUCAACAAAGUCGGAGUCAAUUUAUUUUAUGUCUGUAUAAUUAUCUACCUCUACGGUGAUCUGGCAAUAUAUGCAGCUGCUGUUCCAGUUUCUCUCAUGCAGGUGACUUGUAGUGUGACGGGCAAUCAUUCAUGCAGUGUUGAAAAUGCUACGAAGUGUAAUGACACAGACAGGUGCUGGGGCCAGAUCAGAAGGAUCGAUGCUUACAGGAUAUAUCUGGCAGCGUUUACCCUUCUCUUGGGCCCAUUCACCUUUUUUAAUGUACAGAAAACUAAGUAUCUGCAAAUAAUGACAUCAUUAAUGAGGUGGAUAGCAUUUAUCAUCAUGAUCAUUUUAGCCCUCCUCCGCAUUGCCAAGGGACAAGGGGAAGGUCACCCUCCCCUGGCACAGCUUUCUGGAAUCCGCAAUCUCUUUGGUGUCUGUGUUUAUUCCUUCAUGUGCCAGCACUCCUUGCCAUCCCUCAUUACUCCCAUUUCCAAGAAGAAACAUGUCAACAAGUUGGUCCUGCUGGAUUACAUCUUAAUCCUGGGUUUCUACAGCCUCCUGUCCUUCACUGCUAUCUACUCCUUCCGCAACGAGACUCUCAUGGACAUGUACACGCUCAACUUUACCAACUGUGACAUAGUCAAUAUUGCCAUUAUCCGCUACUUCCUUGGCCUCUUUCCUGUCUUCACCAUCAGUACCAACUUUCCUAUCAUUGCUGUGACUCUGAGAAACAACUGGAAGACUCUUUUCCAUCGGGAAGGGGGCACCUACCCAUGGGUAGUAGAUAGGAUAUUCUUCCCAGUCAUCACACUAAUCCCCCCUAUUAUUGUGGCUUUUUGCACUCAUGAUUUGGAGUCCUUGGUGGGCAUUACGGGAGCCUAUGCUGGGAAUGGAAUUCAGUACAUCAUCCCUGCUUUCUUAGCGUACUGCAGCCGAAAAGACACUCAGCUGGUCUUUGGAAGUGGCACACUCAAUAAACAUUUGUCGCCUUUCCGGCACACAUUCUGGAUUUGGUUUGUGCUACUCUGGGGUAUGUUUUGUUUUCUUUUUGUGACUGCAAAUAUCAUCUUGACUGAAACAAAGCAAUAGAGAAAGCUGAAGGUAGCUUCUAAGACUUCUUUUCCCAGGCCUGCACCCUGACAAGAACUUUUCUAAACAAGCAGCUUGCUAAAUCUCUUGAGUGCAACUUUGGGUGCAUUCCCUUUUAAAAUCAGAAUUUCCCGUCAGUUUCUAAAGCUCUGGAUGUGAGCAUUCCAGCAGGCUGCCGUGGUUGCCCACUCUGACUUUUUUUGCUUUGACUACAGAUUUUCAUGCAGACUUGACUUCCUCUCUUGAGCUAUAAUAUGCCAGUGGUUGUUGGAUACGCAUCUCUUCCCCAAGAGUGAUGGAGAGGACCAACGUUGCUGUUACCAGUCAAGCAAGCAGCCAAUGAAUCAGGCAAGGAGUGAUGCUGAAUCAUGCUGAUAUUCCCUCUGAAGUGACUUUCCUGUCUCCCAACUAACAGGGGAGAAAAAUCAGGAGCCGGAUGGACACGGCUGGUUAAACAAGGCAUCAUGGCUGUUGACAUAUUGCACAGUUUGGAUGGGGUUGGGGCAGCCUACACUGUGGCCUGGGGAGACAGGAAUGGCAGUUUUUCCCCACUGCAGCAGCUCCCCUCCCCACCUCAGCGUUUGUUUCCUCCAUUUCUGUUUCAGCCUUUCCAGCACAAGUUUGCCUUGCUGCAUGUACGGGAUUAGACUCGCAGAUGCUGUUGUGGGUCCAAAUGAAUAUUUCCAUCUGAUAAACUUCUGUUCAUGUUUAUGUUUCCUGCACAUAACUUCUGGUCUCAGGUUUUCUUUCCUCGUGUGUUUAUAUCCAAUAUGUGGGUGAGCAGGAAGCGCAGUGAAGACUGACAGACUGGGUGGCCCAUGCCCCACAGUCCUCCAUUUCAGAGUCAUGGCAGUGUGCCCUGGCGGUAGCACUCACCACUUUUAUGGAUAUGAAGGUGUUAAUUACUUGCUGGUCAGGUAAUGUGAAAGCAGCUUCUGAGCUGGGCGCUUCCCAAAGUGGAGGGGUGCACUGAGCCUUGUCUCGAUGCAAAAUGAUAUGAGUGAGUGUAACCAGAGAAAAUAAAAUCAUGAUGGGAAGAGAAGACUUUCCUAAACCCA